AUGGCGCCAGCAGACGAUUACUCCACUGGCGGGGGCGGGAAGCUCAAGUUGAAGGGGAGCAAAGUAGCCGAUGGACGGGUGAAGAAAAAGAAGAAGGAGUCGAAGAAGAAGAAGGAGCCGGAGCAAGAGCCGGAGCAAGAAGGGAAGAAUGCUGUUGAAAAUGAUUCUGAUAAUGGGGCCGUUGAGCGGAGAGAGGGAGAGAAGUCCAAAUCACCAGAGCACGAACGGGAUGAGAGAGAAGGUGGGCCCAAGACUGAAACAGAAAGGAAAUAUGAGGAGGUGAGGCGCAAGCGGUUACGUGAACGGCUCCAGCGGGAUGGCGUCAAGACCCAUAAGGAGCGCGUAGAAGACUUGAACAAAUACCUCAGCCGACUGAGUGAGCAUCACGAUAUGCCUAAGAUUGGACCUGGUUAG